CUUUUUACUGGUGAGAUGAACGAGGCACGAGGCUGUGACUGAAGCUGCAGGAGUUCGAGGAGCUAUCCAGAUGCUGAAAGAGCACCAUGCAGCCUUUCAAUUAGUCAUGAGAGCUAAUGGCUCUGGAGGAACUGAUGUGAUUUUAACAAUAUAGGCGAUAAUAAACUAUUCAUCCGUUGCGUGCGACAAAGGUUCAGCUUGAACAUUUGAAUUUUGUAGUUAAUUUGAGGCGGUAAUUUAAUUCUGCAGGGAACCCCCACCUAUUCUUAAACCAAAACAGCAAGAAAGGAACACUGCACUCUAUAUUCACGCUCCUCUGUGCUAAUUUAUUUUCUGUAAUUUGGAGGGACAUAACGAUCCGUCCAGCCAUAGGGCGACAGCUUGAAUCUGCAACGAGUUGUGUCCGCCGCAGCCCAGCGUGUAGGAUAAUGCAGACAGGAGGGGUGGAGUUCACACCCUUUACUUCUCAAGCGCUGCUCUGGCAGAAGAGCUCAUUCUUUGCUUGGUAAACAGCGGAGUUGGCGCUGAUGCGUCCUGGCAUGUGAUCCCACUUUCGUCAAAAAUCAAUCGUCUCACUGCUGCAGCCUCCCAUUCAACUUUCCAUGCGGUUGCCCGUCCAGUGGACAGCACUUAGGCGGUUUGUCUGGACCGUAUCCGCUCCCGCUCGCUCGCCCGCUGCGCUCCGGCUCUCCACCGUCGACUCUCCGGGUCCAGAGGGACUCACGGAGCUGGCCCGGUUCUCCUGCACACAUGGAGGGAGACGUUAUGGACAAAGUGGAGGCCACGGCGACGGUCCGUGACUUCGAUCCCAUCAGUGGGAGCAUCCCGGCCACCAAAGUGGAGAUCACCGUGUCCUGCAGGAAUCUCUUGGAUCGAGACACUUUCUCCAAAUCCGACCCAUUGUUGGUGUUGUACACGCAGGGCGUCGAGACCAAACAGUGGAGAGAGUUUGGGAGAACAGAGGUGAUAGACAACACACUAAAUCCAGACUUUGUCAGGAAGUACAUCCUGGACUACUUCUUUGAGGAGAAGCAGAACCUGCGCUUUGACGUGUAUGAUAUUGAUUCUAAAAGUCCAGAUCUGGCAAAGCAUCCAACCGACCUUGACGACUUCCUAGGACAGGUCUACUGUACACUGGGAGAGAUCGUGGGAUCACCUGCCAGUCGCCUGGAGAAACCUCUAGGUGGCAUACCUGGGAAGAAAUGUGGGACCAUUAUCCUGUCUGCUGAGGAGCUGGGAAACUGCAGAGAUUAUGCCACCAUGCAAUUCUGUGCCAACAAACUAGACAAAAAGGACUUCUUUGGAAAGUCGGACCCCUUCAUGGUCUUCUACAGAAGCAAUGAGGAUGGCACGUUCACCAUCUGCCACAAGACUGAAGUGGUGAAGAACACUCUGAACCCUGUGUGGCAGCCCUUCUCCAUCCCUGUCAGAGCGCUCUGCAACGGAGACUAUGACAGGACAAUCAAAGUGGAGGUGUAUGACUGGGACAGAGACGGGAGCCACGAUUUCAUCGGUGAACUCACCACCAGCUAUAAAGAGCUAUGUCGAGGUCAGAACCAGUCAAGCGUCUACGAGGUGGUGAAUGCCAAAAAGAAAAUAAAGAAAAAGAGAUACAUCAACUCUGGGACGGUGUCCUUGUUGUCAUUCAAUGUGGAGUCAGAGCACACCUUCCUGGAUUACAUCAAAGGAGGGACUCAGAUUCACUUCACAGUGGCCAUUGAUUUCACUGCAUCAAACGGAAAUCCGUCACAGUCCACUUCACUGCACUACAUGAACCCGUACCAGAUGAAUGCCUAUGCCAUGGCCCUGAAGGCCGUGGGGGAGAUCAUCCAGGACUAUGACAGUGAUAAGAUGUUCCCUGCCCUGGGAUUCGGUGCUAAGCUGCCCCCUGAUGGGAGGGUCUCCCAUGAGUUCCCUCUGAAUGGCAACGUUGAGAACCCGUACUGUAACGGCAUGGAGGGGAUUCUCGAAGCUUACCAUCAAAGCCUUAAGACGGUUCAGCUGUACGGACCGACCAACUUUUCGCCUGUUGUUAAUCAUGUGGCCAGGUAUGCAGCAGCAGUGCAGGACGGAUCUCAGUACUUUGUUCUGCUCAUCAUUACUGAUGGCGUCAUAUCAGACAUGGCUCAGACCAAGGAGGCCAUAGUGAAUGCAGCUAAACUUCCCAUGUCUAUCAUCAUUGUUGGAGUUGGCCAAGCUGAGUUUGAUGCCAUGGUUGAGCUGGAUGGAGAUGACAUCAGGAUUUCCUCCCGGGGGAAGUUGGCAGAGAGAGACAUUGUUCAGUUUGUCCCGUUCAGAGACUACAUGGACCGCACAGGCAACCACGUGCUGAGCAUGGCGCGUCUGGCUAAAGACGUACUGGCCGAGAUCCCUGACCAGCUCAUCUCCUCCAUGAAGACCAGAGCCAUCAAACCUAACCCCAUCCCACCGGCUUACUCGCCUGGAGACCAACUCCAGACCAAUCUCGUUUGAGCGCCAAAAACAGCUCUGCGUUGAGGUAGGGCAGCAUCCCUCGUGGGAAAAUGCGCUCUAAGGCCCUUUCAUAGAUAUAAAUUUGGCUGAACAACAAGAUGACGAGACUCCAUAUUGUUUUGGAGAAAUACGACUGCUUUUGGUGAACCCGCUGAUGAUCAGGAAGUUUUUUCUUUCCGAGUGCUUGAGGAUGAGAGCGCUGAGAAGAGGACGGUGUUGAAGGAGGUUUUAGUUGUUCGCUGUCAAACCUGUCAAAGUGGUGAUGUAAUGGAUAGCAAGUGAACUCGUAGGGAGAGCCUGUUUGAAGGCAUUAAUAUAUUAGAAUGUGCCAGUGUGUAUCAUGUUUGUGAUACCUUUUGGAAUCGGUGUGUGUUGAACUAGGAAAUCAUAGGUAUACUAAUUUAUUUAUUUAUUUAUUGCAGAAAUAAUUUAUUCCUUUAAGGGGGUUUCAAGGAGGGGGGGGGGGAUUAAAGUCCUAUUUUCCCUGUAGUUUUCCAUCUUAUAUUUUAUGACCAGUGUAUUAAAAAAAUCCCCAUUUCUACUUUGAUAAGGACUGUAAUAUAAUUGCAUGUGAUAAAACCUAUUCAGCAGUUUAUGAAUCAUUUUCACUGAUAGAUAAUUAAAUUGCAAGCAGUUAUGUAGAGGACCUGCUGUGAGCUGUUGCCAUACUGAUUUUCCAGCACCAUGUGUUAAACCUAUUUAUAGUAUUUAUAUUAACAGAAUGCACUAAUUACUGUCCUAACAAAAAGCACAAUGGUUACAAUGUUAAUAAGCUCAAAAAUGAUUAUUUUGAAGGAACCAACAGCUACCACAAUGAAAAUAAUGGAAAGGACCCCAUGUUAUGUUUUCAACACAGCUUCAACGACAUGCAUUGUUUUAAACCGAAUGAAACUGGAACAAUGUUUGUAAAGAAAUGACUAUACUGACAUAUUAAAAUUAACUUAUAUUUAUUACAACAACAGUAUGUUUACAGAAAAAUAGAUGAAUAAUUCAAAGCACAUACUUGCUUUCCCUGUUUUAUGCAGAGAGGUAAAUGAUUAGUCAUGCUGCCAUAUCUCAUUCGUCAUCUUGCUGUUUGUGUUUCUUUCCAUUAUAUUUGUUGUGGUUACAGUUUAUUGUCUGGGAUUUUGCUCUGUACUUUUAAAGGACGCUACAAAUACACUUUCAAAAGACUGAUGUCAACGAAUACCGACUUAUUUUUCUCCUUCUUAUAUUGAUUUGUUUCCCCGGAACGAAAACUGAACAAUCGCACAUUUUGCAGUGAGAUAUUUGGGUGUUGAAUGUUUUUUAAAGAAAACAAUAACUGAUUGCACAAAACAAAAACAGUUACGAGUCCAUCUUUUCUGAAUUAUUUAUUGUCUUAUUUAGUGAAUUCAUUGUUUUUACUCUUUCAAAUUAAUUGAGUGUUCCUAGAUAACAUUGUUUUACACUUAUGCACAGCAGCCCAUUUUAUAACAAAACAUUGGAAUACCAUUUUAAUACCUAAGAUACAAUAUCACAAUUGUGUUGUACAAUUUAAUUUAAGACAGCUGCCCAUAUGUUCAGGUUUGUUCUCUCCAUUUUUUUUUCGUGACUGUGUAGACAUUUUUAAAGUCAGAUAUUGCCAUUGUGGCCCAGUGGUGUGCAUCCUAUCUAUUUAUAUUGGCCAUUAUUUCCAUAAGCAUCUCUCAGUCACUCAAUAUCUCGAUCCAAAUGUGCCUAUUAUAUAGAAACAUAUCCAAAUUCAGUUACCCAGGUGUUAUUCUGCCAGCAGCAGCAGAUCUCAUGUUUAAGAUGUACACACAGAAAAUGUUGGUGACAAUAAAACUGUUGCAAGAUUAGGACUAUUACAGACUAUUCCACGCUGUCUCUACCAGUGUCCUGUACUUUUUAUACUUGCAGCUCUUCACUAAUUGUCUUGAAAUAAUGAGAAUUAACAGUGUCGCUGAGCCUUGUACAAUAUUCAAAGUCAAGACUUGUUUACAACUCAACUGUGGCUGUUAACAUUGUCUCAAGGAUUAACAGCAAACAUUCAUUAAGAAGUGAGUUUAUUUUUGAUCCGCUGUGUUGUGCAUUAUUCAGUCUCAUUUUGUACUUAAAGCAAGUUUCAUCGAAUGACACAGUCUGAACUAACGUUUACAAAGAGUUGUCGUGUGUCACAGAGAAUGUGAAGCUUACAUUUCUCAUUGUUAUAAUUUGUUUUGUGCUGAGAGCAAACGUGUUUAUGUAAUUCAUGUUGCUUUACGAUCUUUGUUAGCCGCAUAAUGUUCUUUGACUCCCAUUGCUUUAGUGCUGUCAAAGAGACGAUAUAGUGUGAUGAUAUUGCAGAAACUCAGUCCAGAGGCAGUGAACUCCUUCUGUCGCAGGCCCAGGUCCAUAUUUGGCGUCCUUUCUUUUUCUUUUUUAAUUUUUAAUUUGUGAUGACAUUUCUCCUUCAGAUGACAAAGAAGCGUUUAAUCUGCUGCCAAAUCCACUUGUUCAUCAGAAAUGAAUUGAGGCCGUUAAGUUUAGUUACAUAACACACAUGAAUACCAAAAUACCUCUGCAUUCAAGUCAAAAGGAAAUCAUGAAUAUACAUUGAAUACAAUUGUUAUGAAGUAAUUUAAAGAAGUAUUAUAACUACUGACUCACAUAUAUGAUAUAUUUACUUUGCAAGUAACCUCUUCAAAUUGUUUUUGUCAAAGUGAUUUGUUGUUACUUUCACAUUUUCCCUUUAAAACAUUCACAAGUUUAUAAUUACUGAAAAUCAAUUAGGAAAAGUAGGCUACAUCAUUUAGCAGGCAUGUUGUCAGCGUCCGCAUGCAGCUCAUACACUGUGACUGUGAAGAGAUGACAUGAAAACAGGGAGUAGGGGUCAUAUGUUAUGUGCACUUUUUAGAAAUACUUCAUGUAAUUAAUACAGCAAGAUGGCUAUUUUGGGCCGGCCUACUAAGAUUAUAACAAGCUACAAUCUUCCUUUUUCUCUGUGAGAUUUCCUCCACAGGGAAAUCAAAGACUACAACCCUCAGUAGUAAACACAUGAUCAAUAAAUAUGAAAUGAGCACAGCAAUGACACUUAUGCAAUUGUGAAACAUUAAGUUAUUAUGAAAUAUAUUUUUCAGUCUGAAAGAUGUCUUUCCAACAAUACAUUUAAUUAUUUAUUUUUCUUGAUGGAAAUGGCUUUGAUUCUCUCUUCAUUUAGAAUUUUCUUUGAGGCUGAAACCUAAUUAUGUACAUAAGCCCGUAUAGAGAAUAUUCAGUGCCAACAUGUGUUCAGUUGUUGAACUUGGCCUCUUUAGACAAUGUGCAUGUUUGUUCCAAAAUGCCGGGAGGUUUGGUAGUCUACCUUCAUUUCACUUGAUUAGUGCAUCUGCCAUGUGCUUCGUUUGUUACUUAGGGUGUUAUUUAGAGAUUUCAGCCACCUCGCAUGUUGCAUCUCUGGUUUCUUUCCAUUCUGUUCCUAUGACACACAUUCUGUAUGGGUUCUUCUUGCCACUACUCCUGUUUUAUCCCAGGUUGUUUACAUACCUCUCUUGGUCUCUAAAUUGCAUGCUGAAUAAUUUCCAAACCAGGUGUUGGACAUGAUAUUGUCGUCAUACUGUGGUUUGUGAAAUGCUUUGUAAUGGUUUGCCUUAACUGAAGAUUAAUAAAAUAUUGACAACUUUG